AUGGAUGAUCUGGUGAGCAUCAACGUAUCUUCUGAGAGUUGCACGAGAGUCAAAGGAGCCGAAGCGUUGUCGAUUAUCGGGCCGUAUACGGGGGGUUCAUACGUGUGGUCUGUGGAAAUGCAAGGAUAUAUCGUUGGUGCAGCGUUUCUAGGUGGAAUGCUCUCGAUAUUUCCAAGUGGAAUGGCCAUCGAUCACUUCAGUAUGAGACAUCUUCUGUUAGCGUCCGUGCUUUUACUCUCCAGCGUCAGCGUGCUUGUACCGAUAUGGGCCGAACACCUAGGACCGGUCGCUGUCAUCGUUUUGCGUUUUCUCAUGGGAGUUGGAGAGGUGAGUUCUGCACUAAAUGUUUCUGUUCACAAAUCCACAGAUCUGACAGUUUUGCGUCACAGAAUAGUAUCGUUAAAACAGGCCUAA